CAGAAUAACGUCCACGUUUCGCUCCCGAUGAUACCCUCCUCCCAGGGGGAAGGAAAUGGCUGCAAUGGAGCUGGCUCAGAGGCCGGUGACUUUCGAGGAGGUGGCUGUGUAUUUCACCAGGGAAGAGUGGGCUCUGCUGCACCCCACUCAGAGAGCCUUCUACAGGGAUGUUAUGCAGGAGAACUAUGAGACGGUUGUCUUACUGGUAGGGUUUCCAGUUUCCAAACCUGAUGUGAUCUCGCAGCUAGAACGAGGGGAAGAGCCAUGGAUCCCAGACCUCCAGGGCUCUGAGAAAGAAGUGCUCCUGAAAGGUGAUGGGAUGGUGAGUGAGAAUGUGGAGAAACUCCAGCAGGAAGAUGCUGAGCAAGUAGAACCACACGGGAUGUUAUCAGGAAGAUCCAAAGGGAAUGUUUCCGGGAGUUGUGCACUCCGAGAAAAAGCAAAAGCCUGUGAGAUUCAGGAAAGGCCAGAGGAAAACUUCAGUACCCACUCAGACCUUUUAAUACAUGACAGAAUCAACUUGGAAGAGACACGCUACACGUGCUCUGAGUACGGGAAAAUCUUCAAUGGGAACUCUGCCCUUAUCACACAUCAGACAAUCUACACGGGUGAGAAACCUUAUGGAUGCUCUGAGUGUGGGAAAUGCUUUAAUAGGAGCUCUAACCUUAUCACACAUCAGAGAAUCCACACAGGAGAGACGCCUUAUACGUGCUCUGAGUGCGGGAAAAACUUCAGUCGGCGCUCAAACCUUAUCACACAUCAGAGAAUCCACACAGGAGAGAUGCUCUACACAUGCUCUGAGUGCCGGAAAAGUUUCAGUCGGAGCUCUACCCUUAUCAGACAUCAGAGAAUCCACACGGGAGAGACGCCCUACACAUGCUCCGAGUGUGGUAAAAGCUUCAGUCGGAGCUCUGCCCUGAUCGCACAUAGGAGAAUCCACAUGGGUGAGAAACCUUAUGGUUGCUCUGAGUGUGGGAAACGCUUCAUUGAUAGUUCAACCUUCAUCUCACAUCAGCGAAUCCACACAGGAAAGACACCCUACACGUGCUCUGAGUGCAAGAAAAGCUUCAGUCGGAGCUCAACCCUUAUCAGACAUUACAGAAUCCACACAGGAGAGACGCCCUACACAUGCUCUGAGUGCAGGAAAAGCUUCAGGCUGAGCUCAAACCUUAUCUCACAUAGGAGAAUCCACACAGGUGAGAAACCGUAUGGAUGCUCUGAGUGCGGGAAAAGCUUCAGUCACAGCUCUUCCCUUAUCACACAUCAGAGAAUCCAUACAGGAGAGAGGCCCUACACAUGCUCCGAGUGUGGGAAACGCUUCAAUCACAGCUCUGCCCUUAGCAAACAUUGGAGAAUCCACACAGGUGAAAAACCGUAUGGAUGCUCUGAGUGCGGGAAAAGCUUCAGUCACAGCUCUGCCCUGAGCACACAUAGGAGAAUCCACACAGGAGAGAGGCCCUACACAUGCUAUGAGUGCGGGAAAAGCUUCAGUAAGAGCUCUACCCUUAUCACCCAUCAGAGAAUCCACACAGGAGAGAAGCCCUACACAUGCUCCGAGUGUGGGAAAAGCUUCAAUCGGAGAUCAAACCUUAUCAUACAUCAGAGAAUCCACACAGGAGAGAUGCCCUACACAUGCACUGAGUGCGGAGAAAGCUUCAGUCAGCGCUCACACCUUAUCAGACAUCAGAGAAUCCACAUAAGCAAGAACUGUAAUAAAUCCUUUGACUAGGGCUGGCCAAAGAUUUUUUUUUU